GCAACAUAUUCUAUGGUCUGACAAUCACACCAUAGACUUUAUGCAGCGGUAUUUGCAAGUCUAUGAAUUGCGCCAUCUAUGAGCGGUGUCCGAUUGAAUUUGAAAUUUACGAAUUAGGAUGAAAUUGACCGUUGCUCGCAAUAUCUAAUAAAGCAUAUUGUAUCUCGUUAUUUAUAGUAACAAGUUAUUAUUUCCGGUAAUGUAAUCGUUAUAAAGUGCUUCGAACAAAAGUAGUGUCGAUUUACCGAUUUAUUAUUACGCUUACGUUUAAGUAAUUAAGAAAUUUUUGCAAUUUUGAAAUGGCAGCCUCUUGUUCUUUGGAAGAAAUUUUGGAAAGACAGUGUGAAAAAUUACGAGAUUUGGAAACCGCUACAAUAUUCAUUAAUAGUAAAAAUGCAAUAAAGGAAGAGUUUCUUAAAAUGUACAAAGAAGUUACACAAAUGCAUGAUGGUAUUGAAAUUAUGAGAAAAAGAUUGGAAGAAUUGAAAGAGCAAAAUAACGAAUGCGUUGAAUUGUCGUUGCUUAUCAAGGAAUUGGAUAAAAAGAUUAUUCACAUGGAAACGAAUGUAUCGUCGAAACUAAUUUACGAUUAUCAUAAUAACGAGAAUUCGUUAUGUACGAGCAUGUUUCCUGAAGACGACUUUGUAAGAAAGUCGUCUAUGAUAACUGAAAGCGACGCGGAGGAUCAAAAAACUCUGAAGAAAGAUUGUAAAAAAAUCUUAUUCAACGAACCUGACGUUUGUCCAGUGAUACCUCUGAUAAGAGAAGACGAGUUUCAUACAAUUCCGAAGUAUAUAAUUGGAAGACAACCUUUAGAAACUUUAAAUAAUUUAAUAGUUACUAUAAAUCAAGUGUUAAAAGCAAAAUACACAUUCUUAUCGCAAGGAAAAGCUCAUGCUAGGAAACAAGGUUACUUGAAUGUCUAUUUACAUUAUAAGAAACAAGAAUUAGACGUUUGUACUAAUAAUGAAUAUGUGUACUUUUUUACUGCCAUUGAUUACGAGAAGUAUGCAAAGUCAAAACUGAACAAAAUUAAAUUAAAUUUAUUGACUGUUUUGCGACAUUGUAAACGAUUACGGGAACACAGAGUAAAAAAUGAUAUACACUAUGUCGUACAAACGAAACAAUGAUAACUCGAAACAUCGUAAAUACAAGAGAAAAAGAAAUUAUAUCUUACAUAGGAUUAAAGUUUUUCUAAUAAAUAUUUUUAUUAUCGUAUAAGUUUAUCAGUUCUUUCGUAACGCGAAGAAUGGAUGUAUUUUCAUCGGUCGAGGCGGUUGACAUUUUCGUACUAUAAAAAAUAUGGGAAAGAAAGAAUGGAAAAAGGAGAGAAAGAGAGAGAAAAUUUUAACGUGAUAGAAUUUAAAGUAACAAAUAACAAGUAUGUUGGUAUAAUGAAAGCAUAAUAAUAACAGAGAAAACAUUUGAAAUAUAUGUACUAAAAUGGAAUAGCUUUCGAAUGCACCCGAAAUAUUGUUCUUUGUAUAAUUUUUAAUAUUGUAAUAUAGAUUUUUAUCGCUAAUACGUAUGUU